GUUUCACCAAGACACCCUGGACAGAAGAACUCUUCGUUGUGUUGACUGUAGUGUGACAGCUACUGCAGAGUGAUUUUAAGUGCAAGGAAAGAAGUGAAAUAUAAUCUGAUCUAAAGAAAGAUGAAGUUUGUAAGGCUUUUCUUAAGUAUAGCACUGUCAUUACAAGUAAUCCACUUUGGAAAUGGGUGCAAGGAGAACUGUAAUAACCCAGAUCAGAAAAAUCAAAGCACUUCCUUAAACACCUUUACUGCUAUAAAUAAUCUCAAUUCUGAGAGGAGGAGGAGAAACCCAUCUGAGAUUUUACCUUUUACUGGGCUCACACGCUCCAGCAAAUUGAACAAAAACUGCUGUCAGAAUGGUGGGGCCUGUUUUUUGGGAAGUUUCUGCAUAUGCCCCAAAUACUUUGCUGGCAGAUAUUGUGAACAUGAUAAACGGAUCAGGAGUUGUGGUGCCAUUGGCCAUGGAGAGUGGACUCAGGAAGGAUGUUUUUUAUGCCAGUGUCUCUAUGGGAUUCUGAACUGUUUCCCUCAAAGUGUAGAAGAGAGGUGUGGUCCUACAAAGAAAAAGCUGCCUGAUUGGAUUCAACCUGGAAUCAGUUCUGAAGGACUAAAGCUUCAAAUGACAAAGUACAUCCUUACAGCUUCAUUACUAUUCUCACUGCUUUGUCAGCUUCUCUAAGUAUAACAAAGAUAAGAAAAGUUACCUCCUUAUUGUUAAAGUAACACGAAGUUUCUAUGAUUUUUACCUUUAACU